AUGGCAAAGCGAUUCGUAAAGUCUUUGAUACGGCGCUGGCCUAAUGAUUCAAGCAAAAGAGAGGAACAUGGAUCGCCUGUGCCGAGCGCCGUUGCGCGGGACCAAGACGACUCGUUGCCCCUACCUCAGCCCGUGGUUCCAAGGCGAGACAAUGGCUGCACGGCAUGUUCAACCUCGAGUUCUCUGAAGCGCUGCCUCGAUAGUUGGGAUACGAUUGAUGAUUUCGAAGACGAAACUGUUCUCUACUCUUGGAAAUUCGAGCCUAUCCAUCGGCUACCUCCCGAAGAACAAUUGCCGCCGUGCGAGAUGUGCACCACGAUCCAAGAUGAGAUUGGCAUUGUAGGCGAAUGUCGUGACCGACGGGAGAAUCUGAUGAAAUAUCUUCAGAUCUGCUCCAAUCUCACGAAAUGGAUCGAAGAAGUCAAGGCUAGUCAGCCUAUCUCGCAAUCAGCCAUAGAAACAAAUAUCAAAAUGGAACAGAAACUACAGAGCUGUAAAGAUCUGUUCAAAGCUAAGAUUUCAGUAAUGGAUCGGCCGGGAUCCGUGGAUACACCUUCACAGGCUCUCGAUUGCGGUAGCCAGCUGGACCAGGCACUACAAGAGGCCAAGAUACUUUACUCCGGCCAGGUGCUAACUGCUGCUUUCAAUGAAUCCAUCCCGCUGUGCGAAAAUAUACUGCGUGUCAUGCAGCAGCCACUAUCUCGGCACCAAGGAUCCGAGUUUUGUGCAUGGUGCAAUCACGAAGGCGAAGGCCUUUCCCCAGAGAGUCUCGAUGGUCUAGUCAGCCGACUGCAUCGUCUUCACCCAGCAGGCCUAAAUCAAGCUUUAAAGGACCAUCCUAUCCCAUGGUGCAGAGGGUCCUACAAGCGAAGUCUAAUAGACAGAGUUCAAAUUCGAUUACAAACAGAGGAAACCUGGAAAGGUUUACAAUUUCAGGAAUAUGAAUUAGACCCAUCAAAGCCUGCGGGAAAUCACGCUACACUCAGGCCUGAUGAUGAAAAUCAAAGGACUGCCAGAAACCCAACUGAGGAAGGCUUCCGCGCGAUUCACCGUCAGCUAUCAAAGGAUGAGGCGCUCUACGUUCCCAUUUCAUCCGACAAACCGUGCUUCGCCCGCAUUGUGCAACCAAGGUUUGAUGUCAGUCUUAUCAACGAGUGGUUAAAAAGAUGUCAUUCUGAUCAUGGAAGCCGAUGCAUCACUGAAACAUCCGGACCAAAACCUAAGAAUCUUAUCCUGGUCGACACAGAGAAGAAUUGUCUGGUUACUUUGACGGAUGGACACACACCGCCGUAUCUUGCCUUGAGUUACGUGUGGGGUGGGGUCCCGCAGGCACAACUGACCAGAUUAACACUGGAUAAUUGGCAUGAGCCGGGGAGCCUCACAGAGGAGGUGACAAUUACCCAAAAGGUUCGUGAUGCAAUGGUCAUCACUAAGCAGACAGGUUUGCGGUUCUUGUGGGUUGAUGCGUUAUGCAUCGUCCAGGAUGAUGAUUCUCAGCGACAAGAGCAGAUCAACCAGAUGUUUCUUAUAUACCACCAAGCGGAGGCCACAAUCGUGGCAGCUGAUGGACCAAGCUGCGACUUAGGCCUUUCGGGUGUCAGCAGAUUCGAAGAGAGAGAAUAUAUUGAUAAACCCUUUCUUAUUCAAAACACACCCAUGGCGAGAGUUCUUCGGGAUCCACGACAGGCUCUCCAAGCGUCCAAGUGGAGGACAAGAGGCUGGACACUUCAAGAAGAAGUCUGCUCUACGAGAGCAAUCAUAUUUCUACCAUCUGUGGUCUUGUUUUCAUGCCCAACGGCGGCUUGGAGGGAGGAUCUCCACCUGGAAAAUGUCCAGGAUCCUCGGGGGGAGUCUGUUCUUAACCCGUUGCCGAGAGCUUUGGAGAAUAGCGGUACGAGUUCAGAUGAGGAGCUAAUAUCCAUGUUCCGAAGAAUUGUGAAGCAGUACACCCAACGGACUCUCACCCGAGAGGAUGACAUGGGGAAUGCGUUUGCUGGAAUUUCAAGGAUGAUGGAGGGUCUCAUCGGGCCAAUAUACUAUGGAAUUCCAGAAAGUUGGUCUUGGAUGGGAUGGAUCUACACCAGGGAGCAGGCGGGUACGGGGAUUGAGCCCACAUCUUGGCCUGGAGAAACGGCAGGCUUGCUUACCUUCUUCAAACUUGCUGAUGGCGCUGAGAUGCUUCCAGAACCAGUUUUGGAAUCACCCGUCUUGAGCAGUCUUCAGCCUGGACUACGCGAACAUUUCAUCCCUGAUUUACCGCAGAUACAGUCGCAAUAUGCUGCCCUAUCUCCCGACCUUGAGCAAAUACCCCGGGGGCUAAUUUGCUUUUACACUAGCUUGAACUUCCUGAAGCUACGGCCUUUGUAUCAAAACGCUGCAUCGUCGGUUCAGGAAUACCUUGUCCUUAGCCCAACAACCGAGGAAAGACUCACAAGUCUCUAUCUGAACAAGGAACAGGUCAAUGGCGAGGAAUUGCAGCCGUUUGUUGUUAUCGCAGCUCAGCGUGGUGAGGUUGGAAAGACAGGCUUGAGACUUAUGUUGGUCAGGAUGACUGAAGGCUUCUGCUUCAAAGUCAAUGUGACGUCCCAAAGGAAGCUUGUAAAUGAAGCUGCCUGGUGGGACUUGAACCCAUCAAAACGGCUGGUUGUGAUGGGAUGA